UAGCUUUUGCUUCUAGUUAAGCAGCAACUGUGACUAUUGCCCAUCUAUUAAAGGCAGGAGAUGCUAUUAUCUGUAUGGAUGAUGUCUAUGGAGGUACAUACAGAUAUUUCAGGAGAGUAGCCUCUGAAAUGGGUUUGAAGGUUACUUUUGUUGACUGUACCAAAUUUGAAUGUCUAGAGGCUGCAAUUACACCAGAAACAAAGCUUGUCUGGAUUGAAACUCCCUCAAAUCCCAUGCUGAAGGUUAUUGACAUUCAAAGCUGCGCAGAUGUCGUCCACAAACAUAAAGACAUUAUUUUAGUGAUAGACAACACCUUUAUGUCAGCAUAUUUCCAGCGUCCUUUGUCUCUGGGGGCAGAUAUUUGUAUGUAUUCAGCAACCAAAUACAUGAAUGGGCACAGUGAUGUUGUAAUGGGACUGGUUUCAGUGAAUUGUGACAAGCUGUAUGAAAAGCUCAAAUUCUUACAAAAUGCUAUUGGAGCAGUUCCAUCUCCUUUUGACUGUUACCUCUGCAAUCGGGGCUUGAAGACUCUGCACAUCCGAAUGAAGCAGCAUUUCCAAAAUGCACUAGCUGUUGCUCAGUACCUUGAAUCGGAUUCCCGGGUAGAAAAAGUCAUUUUCCCUGGAUUACCUUCACAUCCUCAGCAUGAGUUGGUUAAGCGUCAGUGCACUGGCUGUCCUGGAAUGAUCACCUUUUACGUUAAGGGAAAACUUGAACAUGCUGUUGCAUUCCUCAAGCAUUUAAAGCUUUUUGCACUGGCCGAGAGUCUGGGAGGAUACGAAAGCCUAGCAGAGCACCCGGCUGUCAUGACUCAUGCUGCAGUUUCUGAAGAGGAUAGAGAAGCUCUUGGAAUCUCUGAUACUUUAAUUCGUUUAUCAAUUGGUUUGGAAGAUAAAGAAGAUCUACUAGAAGAUCUGGAUCAAGCUUUGAAGGCAGCAUUCCCAGAGUACACUGUUCGCAACUAGAAGUCAGAAGUUGGAACACCACACAGCUAAAAUACCCAGAGAAGAUUAAAUGAAAAGCCAAACUGCUGAUGAGUUUCUUCAGAUUUGCCUAUGAAAAUUGAACCCUAUCUUAACCUUAAUUGAAUCUAGGCAGUUUUCAUUUGUGCCUUUAGCCUCACUUUCCAAAGGGAUUCAAUAAGGGUUGUGCACUAGUGCACAAAACUACUUUCAGAUGUGUUAUCCUCAUGAGAUGUUAUCAUCCUUUGCUCUUAUGACUUGGCUAUACUACUUUCAGAGUAGUGGUGGUGCUGAGGGCAGCUGUGAUGUACACUCAGGAAUAAUGUCUCUCUCCCAAUGGAGGUUAAAAGCUGGUGUUUAUUAUGCUGUACGUGAUAAAUGUUUAUCAUGUUGGAGGAUGCUGCUUUCCUGCUGGUGCGUCCUUUUUCUUUUUUUUUUUUUUUUUUUUUAACCAGGAUUCUGCAGGGUUUUCUCGGGGUUUUUUUUUUUUUAUCAUCACAUUUACCUCUAACCCUGAAGGUAUAUUUGGAAUGCUGCUUGCUCUAACUCAGAUUCUUUUGAAUGACAACCUCAAAUGUGGUUUGACUUUACUUUUUUUUUUCCCUCUAGAUAUUUUGUGCAAUAUUAAAAAUGAAGCAAAAUCAGAUGCCUUAUUCUGCAGUGUAAAUUUCUGCAGAUGACCUAGUGGCAUUUUUGUAAGUUUACUUAAUUUUGUUUAAACACUUUAGUUGAUAUUUUGAAAAUUCCAUUAUGCGUUUAAUUAUAAGGACUGGGUUUUUUCUGGUUCUGUAGCUAAUUUUAUGAGCCUUAGUCCUAUAUUUGAAAUCUAAAGCAAAAGGGAUUGGUGGAAACACCUAUUUUAAAUUCUCUCAUGAAUUAAAAUGAAAUGUAUUACAAUUUGUUAUACAACUGAUGAUUUUGAUAUAAGAAAAUGGGUUUGUUUUUAAACUGUCAACUUUUACUUACAUGAAGGUAUAUGUUCACAUGAAUAAAGGUUUCCUGCAUUGGG